UCUAAAAAAGAUGUUUGUUUCGCUAAAUUACACGUUCUUAUCUUGUCUGCUGGUCGACGGUGUGAAGCUGAUGCUGAUUGUGUGUGUUCGCUGAAUUGAUAACAAACAUCGGCUUCUUAAGUACCAUUUUUCAAUCGAUAAGACAAUUAAUUGUCAAAAAGUGGGGUCUGCUUUGGUGUAGGCAUGGAUUACACCAAUUUAAACAGAGCCCAGCUCAGCUUUGACUAUUUGCACACCAACUCAACUACACAUGAGUUUCUGUUUGGUGCACUGGCGGAACUGUUGGAUAAUGCCCGUGAUGCAUCUGCAACAAAAAUGAAUAUUUUCACAAUUAAAGAUGAUUCACUUCGAGGAGGAUAUAUAUUAUGCUUCUUGGAUGAUGGGGAAGGCAUGGAUCCAAUUGAAACUGCCAGCAUAGUAACAUUUGGUAAAUCCAACAAGAAAUCAGAUGAUUUGCACCAAAUUGGCAUGUAUGGCAAUGGUUUGAAAUCUGGUUCCAUGAGAAUAGGAAAUGAUCUGAUGCUAUUCACAAAAAGGGGAGAUACAAGGUCUUGUCUGUUUCUGUCUAGAACUUUCCACGAGGAAGAAAACAUUGAUGAAGUUAUUGUGCCCAUACCUUCUUUUGAAGCAACAUCACAGAAGCCCAAGUUAAUGGAUCAGAGACAUAAAGAAAAGCAUGAAACUGAGAUGGAGAUCAUUCUCAAAUAUUCUCCAUUUAAGACAACUGGAGACUUCUUUGCCCAGUUUGACAGGAUAGAAGGCCAAUCAGGCACACUAGUCAUGGUGUAUAACCUUAAAUUAUUAGACUCUGGAGACACUGAACUAGAUUUUGUUACUGACCCUAAUGACAUCAUCUUAUCUAAUCCAAGUAGUCAUGAUUUUGAUUCUGAUGAAGGUCUUAUGCCAGAGAGAAAGUCAUUUCGAGCCUAUGCAGCGAUUCUGUACAUGGAUCCUAGGAUGCGCAUAUACUUGCAGAACAAAAAGGUGCGCACCAAACGUCUAGCUUGUACUUUAUAUAAAUCCAAACUCUACAAAUAUUCUUCUAACCGAUUCAAAACAAGAGCAGAGAAUGAAGCCAAAAGAGCCAUUGAUGAAGCUCUUGCAGCAGAAAACAAGGCCAGGGAGGCUGAAAGUAAAGCAAAAAAUCUUGAAAAUAAAGUAGGUUCCUCAACUAAUAAAGAACAGAGGGCAGCAUUGCGAAAAGCUCAGAACUUUGCUGCUGAAUGUAGAGGAAAUGCUCAAAUAAAAAGACAGAUGGCAGAAAGGAAAACAAAGUCUUUGAAGGAGCCUAAAACAUUAAAUCUUAUAUUUGGACUUAAUCUGGAUAACCGUAGCCAUGAUGGAGUGUUUGUGUACAAUUGUAGUCGUCUCAUCAAAAUGUAUGAAAAAGUUGGACCGCAGAACGAAGGGGGAGUAUUCUGCAAUGGUGUAGUUGGUAUUGUUGAUGUACCUUACCUUGUACUAGAGCCAACACACAAUAAACAGGACUUUGCUGAUGCUAAAGAAUACCGGCAUUUGAUGAGGGCCAUGGGGGAGCAUAUGAUACAGUAUUGGAAGGAUGUUGGCAUUGCACAGCAGGGCAUUACCAAAUUUUGGGAGGGCUUUGGCUACAUCAGCUCAGAAUGGAAGGCCCCUCCGUCUGAUGACAUAAAAUAUGUGAAAAAGAGGGCAAUGCAAUUAAGUGUUACUUUACAGUGUGACAUGUGUCUGAAGUGGAGGAUGAUUCCCUUUAACUCAAACAACAUUGGGAAAGAAUUUCCUGAUCAUUGGGUGUGUACCAUGAACCCAGACCAACAGCAUAACAAAUGUUCAUCUGCAGAACAAAAGUUAAACAUUCCAGAAGGUGUCCUUAAAAAGGAAUUUAAAUCUCAGGAACAGAAGAAGAAAGAUUUAGAAGAGGAAAUUUUAAGGAAAACAGAAAUGUUGGAAAAACUGCAGAAAAUGAAAACUGUCCAGUCUUCUAAAGAGGUGGAAGUAGUUUUGAAGAAAGAAGAUCGAGUCAACAGUGAAGGCCGAGCUAGCCUCAGCAGAAAAGCUAAAGCAAGAUCUCCAUCUCCACCCCCUAAGUCCCCAUCGCCAGAGCCUCCAUCUAGGUCCAGAUCUUCAGGUUCACAAAUGUCCGCUCCAGCCAAAAAGGCUAAACGUAGUCCGUCUCCACCACCUAAAAAAGUUUCUAAACCUCCGGCCCCAGUAAAACCUUCUCCUAAACUUAAACGUAGGAGUCCUAGUCCUCCACCAAGACGAGCAGCUGUGAAAGCAGCCACUAAGGUUGAAACUAAAGCCCAGCCCAAACCUGAACCUAAAAAACGUGCCCAUAAAGCACAGGUGUCAUCUGAGGAGGAAGAAGAGGAGGAGAAUGAGGUUGAAGAAGAAGAAGAAGAGGAAGAGGAGGAAGUAGUGGAGGUUCCCAAGAAAACAAAGGUACAAAAUGACUCACCUCAAGUAAAAAAAACUAAAACAAACGCCAUUGAAUAUCCUGAAAUCCCUGUGAAAAAACAAAGAAUCUCUCACUUCAACACAGAGAACAAAACAGUCAAACCUGUGGAGACCAACUCCACUAAUGAGGUCAACACAGAGACUUCGGGUCGAGCCACAAGGUCUCGUGGUAAAGCCCCUGUUGAGGAGAAUGAAGCUCAAACUACAGAAGUUAUAGAAACCAAAGUGUUCAAUGGAGACAACCUUAACUCUGAUGUGGUUGGUACAAGAGUGGAGGCACAUAUAAAUAACAAGUGGUACCCAGGCUCGGUGGUAGAAAUAAAUGCAUCAGAGGGCAGAUGGAAAGUGAAGUUUGACCAUCAUCCCAAGGACAAGUAUGACAAGUGGUAUGAUCAAUCAGGUCCUGAUAUAAAACUACUUGAUAAAAAGAAGGACUUGGGGAUCAUUCCCUCAUCACCAUCAUCCCAAGAUGGGGCAGAGGCUCCCACAUCCUCUACCACCACUCCCACAGUUUCAAGUCAAGCUGCAGAAGACAUAGCCAAUGGUUACAGAACAUGUCUACGUUACUUCCUGCCUCCUCAAUGGAUCAUGGACAAAGAUGCCAUCACAGCCAUGUCUCUCCAGGAGCUCUCUGAUUUUCCUCUGGAUGAUUUCUUUGAUCAUUAUGAGCGUGGUCUCAGAAGGCUUGUAAAUAAUUUUCAAACUGAAGCUUCUCUACGCAAACAAGAGGCAGAGGAAACUAAAGCUAAGCUGGUGGCAGUCAGGAAACUUAUCACAAAGCUGUUAAAAUCAACCAAUGAGGAAGAUGGCAAUCAGGAAUUUGAUCUUGAUCCUGAAGAGUGUGGCGAUCAGGUGGAUGAACUAUUGGCAGCAUGUGUCAGACAGGCCACAUCCCAGUCAUCAUGAGAUCACCACCCAGUCAAAGACAGUAUUCAUCUGAUUUAUUUUUAUUUUUUUUGUCUAUCUUAUCAAGUUGAGCUUGGUCUUUGCAGACAUACAGUUUGGGUUUGUGCGAGGGGGGGGGGGGUAUGACCAGGAGACAUUAGGGCAGAUCAGAAACAACUAGAGGAAGUAAAACAAAUAUUUAUAUACAUAUACAUAUAUAUAUAUAUAUAGUUUUUUUUAUAUCAUAUCUCUCUUUCUCAGCGCAGUUUGUUUGUCCAAUUAAAUCAACUCUGUUGUUACAUCUGAGUGUCUUGAUUCUGUCAGAAAAACAAACUAGUGUGGCAAAAGACUCUGCCAUGUCAGCACUUGUCUAGUGUCAGUUAAUGAAGAUUUAGCUAUGGCCAACUUAUUAAUAUUUUUUUUUACAAAGACAUUUGACUACAAUAGAUUGUAUUGUAACAUUGGUUGUCUUUUCUCAUGUCAUUUAUUUUUUUAAACUUUGUAAUAAAGACUGUAAGACAUUUGACAGUGACAGCUAGACUUUGACCACUAGAAUGUUUUUAAAUAAACUGUGGGCUUGUUAUCUAGUUGUGUCCUGAUCCUGGCCUGUGUGUUGUGGCAGGGAAGGAGGGUAUACAAAUAUCUAGAGGAAACUAAUUCAGCUUGUACAUUCAAACAAUCUGCAACUUGUGUCCACAAGUUCUUUUUAGUGUUGUUUUUAUUUCUCUCUCUCUCUCUCUCUCUCUGACGUGUUCAUUGUUGUUGAACAGACUUGCACAAAGUUAAUGAGGACACAGACACUUGUCAUUCAGAUUACUAAUAGAGAGUUCAUGGUGUUUAUAUUGUAGCACAUACAUAGUAGGGAUAUUCUUGCUUGUUUUAUAUUUGUGCAUUUAACACAUUUUCAAUGUUCGCCUUUCAAUUAGGGCAGAACUUAGGACCAAAGUGUAAAUAGCAUAGUAGAUUCACAAAACAGUCCAACUUGGUUGGAAAUAUUUAGUGUUCUAUAUUUCUAUUCCUAACGGGGGCUUGAAAUACUAUUAUAGAGCUUAGGAGAUCAACUCCAGUGUCCACCUGCCUGAUAUUUACUUAGCAAUGGUGAUUGGUUGUGGAGCUACCACAAAACACCCGGAUCCCAAUAGUUCUACUUAGGGACUUUCUUCACCUGUUUUUGAAAACCUUUGCUUAGAAUUCCACCAUGGAGGUAAAAAAUGUUAUGCAAUUGAAAAAUAACUGGGCAUUAAUUCAGCAAAAUUAUUUAGACACAAGAUGUUUGACCACUGACAUGUCCACCAGGGUCCAGUCAAUAUGGGACUAGCUAGUGUCCUUAGUGUGGGCUUAUAAUUGUUCACACUGACUUGUUCUUAUUUUUGUGUUGGACUAGAAAAAAUGCCUUGCUUUAGUUGUAUAGUAGGAGUUAUGUAUAGCAAGUCCAUUCAGUGUUUGUGAUUACACAGGAAGACUCAAGGCAUUGCUAGUCUUCAGAUCUUGAAGACUUCACUUUUAUGUGUGCGGCACUCAACAAUCUCUGCUGACAUGUUGAGGUGUUACUAUGUUGUUUAUCAUGGUUUUGUUGUUAUCUGUCUCUGAAGUGGAUGUGUGCACCCGUUCACUGUCCACUUUUGUUGAGUGUAUGAUGUAUGUGUGUGUAUAUACUGGUCAAUCAGUGGUGUAAAUAGGGUGGAGAUGUGUACAAAUGAGAACAUUAUUGAAUUGAUCAUUUAUCUUAUCAUUGCUUACAUACAUGUCAACUGGCAUCAUGCUUUUCAUUUUUUUAAAUCUUGAUAUUUCUUUGUAUUUUUAUUGUCCAGUCUGUACCAUUGCCUUCACAGGAAACUAGGCAUCGUUUUAAACGAAUUCUUUUUUGUUUGUUUGUGGCCCGUCAAAGUCACAAAGUCUUAGAGUACCGUACAUAAUGUUGAGAAUAUAUUAAACAAAUACAAAAUGAA